UGAAGUUCGAGUAUAGUUGAACUUUCAUACUUCAAAAUCUAAUACUUUCGACAAACUAAUAACAUCCACCUCAAAUAAUUAAUCAAAAUAAAAUAAUAAUCAGUUUAGUUUUAUCAUUCACCUACUAACUUGGUGGAUUAAGUAACGUGUGUAGUGUAUGUAUCGUUAUAUAAGUUCUGGGAUUUAAAUAUCGGAUAAAUCGUACUUUCCUGAUAAUACAUUUUAUGUUCUACAACUAUAAAUUACAUUCUAACUUGAUAAGGAUGUAAAUUGUUAUUAUCCGAUUUCGUGGUCGAUAAAGGAUGCAGUACUUGUACGAAAUUUAAAUUCUAAUCUAAUAAUAAAGGUAAAGCCAUGUGUAUGCACAUGUGGAUGUGGUUUGGUUAUGAUGUUGGUGAGCUGUUGUUUUCCGGACUAAACAUCAACACACGAUGGAGCUUUGCUCUUACAUGGAUUGUACUCUUCUUUGUGUCGCUGCUAUUUGAAGCUUCCAAGGUAUACUUAGCACGGGUGCAGCGCGCUGCUCACAAGAAACUUUACCCAUACCGAUCCGAUGAACGAAGGAAUCUUCUGUGCGAACGAGACCAAAGUAAUCCGAUGGAACCAACAACGAGUAGAAACGCAAGUACCGGCCAAGUCAGUCGGUGGUACUCUUUUAGACUUAGGACUUUAGUAAAUUUGCACCAGACUGCGAUCUUCCUGGUUCACAACGUGGUUGGCUAUCUACUCAUGUUAGUCGUUAUGGUGUAUAACGUUCAGUUAAUACUCGCUGUGGUGCUUGGCAUGAUGCUAGGCUAUUUCCUAUUCGGACCGAAGCUAACAAUGCUACAGAUGCAAUGUUUUGGGAGCAAGCGAAUGGUUAUCUGCACUCCUGAAUGUGAUGAUACAGCCGAAAGCACGACCCCACCGCUACUAAACUCCGGAUCUAGCACUGAGUCUGAUAAUUUCAUCUGUGAAACUCGCACCUGCAUACAGCCCUCACACUACUUCCCAGCCUCUACCUCGACAGAUCGAUCUAAUACUUGCUACUAUGGAGCAAAGCGGUGUCCAUCCAAAGUGGCCAGAGCGAAAAAACAAAGUUGCCACAAAGAAAAUUCUAGUGUUGAAGCGCAAUUAUUACAAACAGAGCGACAGGGCUGCUGCAAGGAGUCUCCGCCGGAUACUUGUUGUUCUAGUCAAGAUACGCAAGCUGUCAUCCACGAAACCGAAACAGAGAAAGUGGAUAGAGAGGACAGCCCUCAGAUCACAUGUUGUCACGUAAAGUCAACCAGUGAUAGUCAAGAAGAAAUUAUGCAAACGUGACGGUAUUUUACUUCAGAUGAAUUGGUUUACGUUAUAAUAUGAUAUUUUUUGGACACUUGGAAAGAAGAAAUAGAGAGUGUUUGGUCAUAAUUUAUGCUUCCAAACCUAUUUAAAUACUCGGACUUGUUAAUACGUAAAACGAUUUUUAACUUUUUUGCAAUAGUAGGAUUAGUAUUACGAAUUUAUAGUUAUUAUUGACAGUUUCCUUUGCACCUAAGUGCCUCGAGCCUGGAAGACAUUAUUUUUAACUGUAAAUAUUUUGAUAGACAGGGUCAAAUGGAAAAGGAAAAAAGGUAUAAAUUGUUAAGUUUCCACUUUAGAAGAACAUAAUUGUAAUAUACGUUUUGGGGAUAUUUAAUAUAAAUAUAGAAAAUAACAUAACUAAACAUUCAAAGGGUCAGCUGUGUAUCGGCGCUAAACGUAUUUACAAAAAUCCGUGCAGCACAAGCUGGUUAAAAAGACUUAAAGGUUUAUUAUAUCAAUAAGUUUAGUUAUUGUCAUAUUUAUUCGUCCUUAAUGAGCCGAAAAUAUUAAAUUUAUAAAUAUCUUUUUUA